AUGGCCAGAGAUAGUUUAACAGAUCUAUUGGGGCAGUUAUCUGUCCAUUCUUCUCAUAAUGAACAUUUCCAAGUUGAGAAAACGUGCAUCGAGCUGCUGAACAGUGGCUGUGCUAAUCCGAACGUUGUUUUAAAGCAUUGUUUGGUUGCAAUAAUCAAACAGGAUAAGUAUCAGCAGGCACUCAAGGUUCUAGCGAAACAUAAGGUUAUACACGAGAAAUAUGCAAGUCAAUUUCGCCUGGAAAGAUUAUACAUCUAUUACAAAUUAAAUAAAGUUGAAGAAUUCGAGAAAUUGUAUUCCUCUAUUGUCACAGAUGAUAUAGAUUCUCUAUUGAGUAAGUCUGAAUCACAACUAAGUUCACUGAGAGGGAUUCUACAUGUGAGAGCACAGUUCUGUGUCAAAAAUGGUUUCGAUGAAGAAGCGUUAAAAAUCUACAACUAUUUGGCUUCGCAUAAUAACAAUGGUCAAGAUGAUAAUGUUGAGCUUUUAUGUAACGUCAGAGUACCUUUAACUAGCUCUCCAGAAUUGUUGUCUGAAAAUCCAACUGAACUCCAUGUUAUUGCUGACUCUCAUGAUUUGUUGUUCAAUCAAUCUAUGAUCUUGAGUGCACAAGGGAAUUUUGAAGAAAGUAUCUUUUUACUGGAAAAGGCUCUACAAAUGGCUACUUCAGAGGACUAUAAAGAUGACAUGAACUCCAUCCAACUGCAAUUAUCUUAUGUGUAUCAAUUGGCUGGUGAAAAAUCGAAAUGUAAGGAACUUUUAGAACCUUUACUAGAAAGAUUACCAGCGGGAACUCCAUUAAAACUAAUUGCUACGAAUAAUAUUAAAUCAUUUAUUGAUUUCUCUAAAUAUAAAACCAAUUUCAAUCUACUUGCCAGAGAAUUAAACGUCGAAAAAUUGAACUCGUUCAAUUUGCAAAAAUUCACAUAUGAACAAUGGUCACUUUUCCAGCGCAAUUGUCUCUUUAUCCAUUUAUUUAACAAUGUCGAUAUCCAGUCAAAGUCAACAAUUUUGUCGCGCACCCUAAGCACAUAUUCUAAGAUUGUGGAUAAUGUUGUCAUAGAGCCCUACAAGACACAAGCUAGGAAAUUAUAUCAUAAUGCCGUAAACACUAUUAAAAGUGGAACUCAAGGAAGCGUUAUAGGUUUAACUCUAUUGGCUGUUCAAUUGUUGGUGGUUGAAAAAGAGUGGGAUAAUGCAAUUAGAUUAUGUGAAUUAUUUUAUAACAAAUCUCAAGAUGAGGAAAAACAAAUGACUGAAUCAAAGAAAACAAUAAUAUACGUCUUAUUUGAACUUUAUAAUGUCUCCAAUAGAAAUAACUCCAAGAGUAUAUUGUUGAAAAAAAUUAUGAGUUCUUUUAUUCCUACGACAAGUGAAUUCGAAUUCUGGAAGCAUAUCGGCUUUCAAUAUUUAACAGUUAAUGACCCACGUAAUGCUAAAAACAUAUUUAAAAUUAUCUCCGAAGGUAAAGAUGAUACUCUUAUCAAAGGUGUCCUAAAUGAAGAAGAUUUUAGUAUUGAAAAGGGUGUUGGAUUAGUUAAUAGCAUUGAUGUUGACGCACUUAUUGAAGCCGGUAGCAAACCAUUGGAAACUAAAUCAUCAAAGCCAAAUACAUUUCCUAUCAAUAGAAUUGCUAAAAAGAAACACGAUUUAACUAAGAAAAAGAGGAAGGCACAAAAAUUGAAGAAAUUUUUAGCAACGCACGAUGUCAAUGGUACUAUUGAUCCUGAGAGAUGGUUACCUUUAAGAGAUAGAUCUACUUAUAGACCAAAGAAGAAGCAGUUGGCCAAGCAAACUCAAGGUGUCACGAUGAGUAAGAAAGCCGAACAAGCUCUAGAUAUGUCCAAGAAGAAAUCUACUAAAGCACAAGCAUCCAAAAAAGCUACGAAGAAAAAGGGUCGUAAAUAG